GUCCGUAGCUAACCAAACAGUUGGCAUUUAUGAAGCUGGGCUAGCUAGUUAGCCCAUUCCACUCUUUACUGUUAGCCACGUAUUUCAGAACGUACAGUAUAUAACCUCUGUAUUUCUAGAUUAACAAAUUGCCUGUACAAUGAAGACGCGAGUAAACCUAGUGGUUGGACUUGUAUUCAGUUUGAUUGCAGUACAUUCCUGUUCUGGGUUCUAUCUUCCGGGUUUGGCUCCAGUCAGUUUUUGCAAAGAGGGGCAGACUACAGAUGACUGUCAGACGGACAUCCAGCUGUUUGUCAACCGCCUAGACUCCGUGGAGUCUGUAUUGCCAUAUGAGUAUGAUGUGUUUGACUUCUGCCAAGAUGAUAAGGAGAAGAGACCAUCAGAGAACCUUGGGCAGGUCUUAUUCGGAGAAAGGAUAGAAACUUCUCCUUACAAGUUUUCAUUUGGUAAAGAUGAGGCCUGUAAGAAGGUGUGCACUAAAUCAUACAAAACCAGCCAAAACGAGGACAAGAAAAAGCUCGAUUUCCUGAAAAGUGGAAUGCAGCUGAAUUAUCAACACCAUUGGAUCGUUGACAACAUGCCAGUGACGUGGUGCUAUGACGUCGAGGACAAUCAGAGGUACUGCAAUCCCGGAUUCCCCAUCGGCUGCCUGGUGACCCCAGACGGACGCGUGAAGGAUGCAUGUGUUAUUAAUGCUGAGUUUAACAAGAGGAACAUGUACUACCUCUUCAACCAUGUGGACAUCACCAUCACCUACCACAGUGGGGAGGGGGAGGGCUGGACCGGCGCACGACUGGUGGAGGCCAGGCUGGAGCCCAAGAGCUAUAAGCACGAGGACGCAGACAAGCUUACGUGUGAUGGGUCACCUAUGGAAAUCCCGGGAGAGUUCACAAGCGAUGUGACAUUAACAUACUCAUACUCCAUCAAAUUUCAGCAAAACAACAACAUCAAGUGGGCCUCCAGGUGGGACUACAUCCUGGUGUCUAUGCCACACACCAACAUCCAGUGGUUCAGCAUCAUGAACUCGCUGGUGAUCGUGCUCUUCCUGUCGGGCAUGGUGGCCAUGAUCAUGCUGAGGACACUGCACAAGGACAUAGCCAGGUACAACCAGGUGGACCAGGACUUGGUAAAGAUUUCACCGGCAAGCAAUACUUCUCUGUCUUAUGAGGACGCCCAGGAGGAGUCUGGUUGGAAGCAGGUGCACGGGGACGUGUUCCGGCCGCCCAGGAAGGGCAUGCUGCUCUCCGUGUUCCUGGGCCAGGGCACACAGAUCUUCAUCAUGACCUUCAUCACCCUCUUCCUGGCCUGCCUGGGCUUCCUGUCCCCGGCCAAUCGUGGAGCUCUGAUGACGUGUGCCGUCGUGCUGUGGGUGCUCUUGGGAACACCGGCAGGAUACGUCUCGGCUCGCUUCUAUAAGACCUUCGGUGGCGAGAAGUGGAAGACCAACGUGCUCCUGACUGCCCUCUUGUGUCCUGGCAUUGUGUUUGCGGACUUCUUCCUGAUGAACUCGAUCCUGUGGGUGGAGGGCUCCUCGGCCGCCGUGCCCUUUGGCACCCUGGUGGCCAUCUUGGCCCUCUGGUUUGGCAUCUCCGUGCCCCUCACCUUUAUGGGAGCCUACUUCGGCUUCAAGAAACCCGUCAUGGAGCAGCCGGUGAGGACCAAUCAGAUCCCCAGGCAGAUCCCGGAGCAGUCCUUCUUCACCAAGCCCGUCCCGGGCAUCGUCAUGGGGGGCAUCCUGCCCUUCGGCUGCAUCUUCAUCCAGCUCUUCUUCAUCCUCAACAGCAUCUGGUCUCAUCAGAUGUACUACAUGUUUGGUUUCCUCUUCCUGGUCUUCAUCAUCCUCCUCAUCACCUGUUCUGAGGCCACCAUCCUGCUCUGCUACUUCCACCUCUGUGCAGAGGACUACCACUGGUGGUGGCGUUCGUUCCUGACGAGUGGCUUCACCGCGGCUUACCUGUUCGUCUAUGCCGUCCACUACUUCUUCUCAAAACUACAGAUAGUUGGCGCUGCCAGUACUAUACUCUACUUUGGCUACACCAUGAUCAUGGUGCUAAUAUUCUUCCUCUUCACAGGCACCAUUGGUUUCUUUGCCUGCUUCUGGUUCGUCAAUAAGAUCUACAGUGUGGUGAAAGUGGACUAAGUGGGUAGGGACACUCUCCCACCCCCCCCCUCCAUCUCCCUGUACGGAAACCCUCCACAGCCAGGCAACUCAGAGCCCCAAAACCCCUUACCGCGACCUUUCACCCCCCACACUAAGACAAGACUAAAGCAAUGCACGUAAAACUCGCAGCUCUUUCUCACUCACUUUCUCUUACAUGGAGGCACCUGCAGAACGCCAGAACUGAAACUGAAACUGAAACUUAAACUUAUGAUUGACAACCAACCGUUCAGCUGCUUGCUUGAUUGAUUUGAAAAGAAGGCGACGGACAGACCAAUGGCCUAUAGGAUGGGGGAUUCAGCACUCGACACAGCUCCUCUGCCCUAUGUGUGUUUCUUCUUCAAGGCUCUGAAUGGUUUCUUCUUCUUCUUCUCCUUCUUCUUCUUCUUCUCCUUCUCCUUCUUCUUCUUCUUCUUCUUCUUCUUCUCCUUCUCCUUACUUCUUCUUCUUCUCCUUCUCAUUCUUCUUCUUCUUCACCACCAUCUCUUGUUUGUUUGCUUCUACUCUCCUGCUCUGCUUACAGCUCGCAUUGUUUAUUCUUCUUUUCCUUUUUCUUUUUUAAUUGGCCCAUCGAUUGACCCCACCACAUUUUCCCUCCACCCCCCAACUUCAAGUGAGUUUCAGUAAGGACUUCCAAAGAUUGGUCUUUGGCUGCUGGUCGUGAGAAAAUAAAAAUGAGGGCUUCUUCGAGGAUCGCGAGUGUUGACGUGGUACCCAGUGCUGAAGGAGAAUUCGCUAUUUUCCUCCAGUAAUUAUGUACGUAUGUAUGAAAUAUGGAUCUUGAUCUUGCUUUUUAUAUGUUUUAAAAGAGAAAACUAUUGUCCUUUGUGAUUUUGCGUUUGUUUGUUUUGUUUUUUAAAAAUAAUUAUUAUUUUAGCACCUUUUUCUGCUGUAUGUGAUCAAAUUUGAACAUGAAAUACAAAGAAUGUCUGAUUUUCUUUGGGAACUGUCCUUGUAAAGUAGAUGUUUAUUAUUUCUAUGUGGUGUUUUUUUGUUUCGUUUGCUUUGUUUUUCUUUUAACUUUCUUUUUUUUAACUACUUAAUGGGAUAUUGGAGGCGUUGAUUGGAGGUUAAGGAAAAGAUGGUGGAAGGUAAAAAAUCCGAACCAGUUUUUGACCAUUUUGGUGAGUUUUUUGGUUCAGCGAUGGAAAAUCACUGACCAUUUAUCUUGGUGUACUGAUAUCGUAACUGUCAUGUUUAUUGCUUUAUGGUUCACAUGCUGAAGGUUGUUUAUAUAAACAAAAACAAAAAAUGUAAAUGGUUAUGAAGCACAUCUUUACAGUAGGUUGCUUUUCUAUUAUUAUUAAAAGAAGAAACAUUAAUUCCUGAAA